AUGACGAGCAAGGAUAUUGGUUGGGAACAUGGUAAACCCGUGGGAGGGAAUAGAAAAAUUGUGAGAUGCAAUUAUUGUGGAAAAAUAAUGCAUGGUGGCAUUACAAGGUUAAAAGAACAUGUCGAUCAUGUCAUAGGACAAGUUGAGCCUUGUCCAAGGGCCUCAAGUGAAGUUAGAGAUUUAAUGAAAAUGCAUCUAAAGAUUGGGAAUAUGGGUGUUGGCACUUCAAACCCAACGACUUCUGAAAAUAAAAGAGGAUUGUUACGUAAUUUCAGUGUCAGACAAGCAGAUGAAAUGACAAGCAGAGGAAUUGACUCACAUAUGUUUCCUUCGAAACAAAAAUCAGUCAAAUCAAUGUUUGCGAAGGAAAAUAUAAAAAGAGUUGGUAAGGCAGUUUCAAAGUUUUUUCAUUUCAAUGCAAUACCAUUUCAUGCAGCUGACAAUCCUUAUUAUCAAUCGAUGAUUGAUGAAAUUGCCAAAGCUGGUUCUGGUAUUAAAGGCCCUUCAGCUUAUCAAAUUGGAAAUGAAUAUUUAGAUGAAGAAUUUGAAGAGCUUGAGAAAUAUCUUGGAGAUAUUUAUGAUAAAUUUUCAACUUUUGGUUGUACACUUAUGUGUGAUGGGUGGAGCACUCGUACAAAACAUCCAAUAAUAAAUUUUAUGGUAUACUGUGAUAGGCACAUGAUAUACCAUAGUUCAGUUGAUUGUACCAAUAUUAAGAAAACUGCUGAAUAUAUUUUCAAGUUAAUGGAUGAGGUAGUAGAGGUUGUGGGGGACAAAAAUGUUGUGCAAGUUGUGACAGAUAGUGAAUCUAGUAUGAAAGCUGCUGGACAACUGUUGAUGAAAAAAAGAAAAAAUCUUUUCUGGUCACCUUGCACUGCGCAUUGUAUAGAUUUGAUGUUGGAGGAUAUUGGCAAAAUGGAUAAUGUAAAAGAAACUAUUGCUCAGGGGAAGAAGAUAACAAGUUUCAUAUAUAACAGUGACAAAGUAGUGAAUCUGAUGAAGACAUAUACAAAAAAAAGGGAACUGCUACGUCCAGAUGAAUGGGCAGAGUUUAAUAACACUACCAAGAGAAAAGCAGAAGCUAUUAAAGUAGCUGAGUUGAUAUUGUCAGAGAAGUUUUGGAAAAAAGUUAGAAAUGUGUGUGCAAUAAUGGAGCCUCUGGUCAAAGUUUUAAAAACUAUUGAUCAAGAUAAUAAGCCAACAUUGCCAAUUAUUUAUGAGGCAAUGGAUAGAGCAAAAAUGGCUAUUCAAAAGUCGGUGAAAUCUUGGAAAACAAUUUGGGAAGUGAUUGAUAAUAGAUGGUACAAUCAACUUCAUCGGGAUUUACAUGCGGCAGCAUAUUUUUUGAACCCGAUCCUUCAAUAUUCUGGAACUUGUGAGUUUAAUCUGGAUGGAGUUCGAAGAGGGUUAAAGAACGUCAUUGCAAAGUUGGAGCCAAAUUUAGAUGCACAAGUUGAUUCAAUAAAUGAGAUCAAAAUUUUUGCAGACAAAAAGGGAGGCUUUGGAAGUGCUAUUGCAGCAAGAGCAUUACCAAAAUCUUUACCAGCUGAAUGGUGGCUUAACUACGGUGAAGAUGCGCCAAAUUUAAGGAAUAUUGCAGUGAAAAUAUUGAGUCAAACCUGCACAUCCUCUGGUUGUGAGCGAAAUUGGAGUACAUGGUCAUUAAUUCAUACAAAACUACGCAACCGUUUGGCAGUUAAAAAAUUGCAUAAAUUAGUUUUUGUGCAUUACAAUAUGCGAUUGAAGGUGAAAAAUUUGAUGCAUCAAAGAGAUACUGAUGAUUUCUACAAUCCAAUUGACUUGAAUCACAUUUUUCACCAAGAUGAUAUAUUGGAUGAUUGGAUAAGAGAAAAUGAACAACCCACAUUGCCUGAAGAUAAUCUGGAUUGGUUGGAUAAGGGCAUUCAUCAAACUGAAUCAGAAAGUAGUGAAUAUCAAGAACAUGACAACGAUGGUUUUGGUGAUACAUUGUCCCAAUAUAUUACCAAAAGAAAUAAGAAAGGUCUUGCUGCAUCCUCAAGUAGGAAACAAAAAAGUAAGACUAAACAAACCAGUAAGCAGAUUGUUCCGUCAUCUUCAAAUAAAAGUGACAGCAGUAAUGAUGAUGAUGACAAUGGUGACAAUGGAGAUGGAGGGAACAAUUCUUCCAGGCAUAGUGGUUACAAUCGAGAUAGCCAACAAGCAGGAGGUAUGUCAUGGGCUCAAGGACAAGAUAAUUAUUAUGCCACUCAAGAUACUGAUCAUGGCUAUUGUCCUGGUAUAGAAGCACAACGUCAAUUCCUCAAUGAUUUAACUCAAUUUUCAAGUAAGGAUACUUUCUCUCACCAUUCAGGGUCACAAAGAUAUAGAGGAGUCAAUGAUCAGAUGCAAAAUUUGGGUAUAUACUCAACUUAUGAGCAUGAAUCUAAUCAAAACCGUAGUACUAGUCAAUUGGGAUAUGGCUAUGACCAAUCAUAUGGAAUCACUCCUGACUAUUACAGUGGAUAUCGGCCAUUUGACAGACCUGGACAUGUUGAAAGGUCUACUAGCAUUCAUGGUAGUGGAUACUAUGAAAAAGAAUUAGAUAAGUCUCAUGAUGGUUCUUCUUUUGAUUCCAAUAACAUUGAAUUUUAUGGUCAUGAUUCUACUGCAUCAUAUGGUACCAGCGAUAGUGUUAACUAUCGAGGGUUUGGAUACUACCAUCAACAAAUCAUCUCCAAUCCAGAAAUUCUUCCGUCCAAUGAUUAUGGAACAUCUAGUCAAUCAUCACAUCCAGUAAAUACACCAGAUAACUCGUUUACACUACCUACUCAAGGUCCUAUGCCACUUCCACAUCUGUUUUACCAUUCAUCGACCAAUCAGGAUGAUUUUGAACCACAUCGUCAUUCUACUUGGUAUUAA